GAAAGAUAAGCUUUCUCCACAUUUGAGACAGCGAAAUACGAUUCAAUUACUUUCUAUAUUUCUUGUUUAGGCAUACUGAUUCUAUGAGGAUAUAAAAGCAUAAUACGUUUAACUUUGGGCACACAUCUCUACAGUGCAGAGUAAAGGAUAUAUGCAGCAUAUGACAGUCUCCACUAAUACAGACAUUUUACGUUAUCUGCAAUAAUUAAUUCCUGGACGGGAUGAAAAUAGGUGAAGAAAAUGGUUUGUCAUAUUGUUAAGAUCAUACUGAGUUAUGAAAAUGAAAUCUACGAGCACAACUCAAGAAGCGGUCAAAGAUGAAAGGACACAAAGAACAAACACCAUGAAGCUACAAUAGAAAAAGAAACUCUGAAAUACUUAAGCAAAUAAACGAUAAAAAGAUGUUUUUGUUAUAGGCGCGUAUCUUAGCUGCGUUGAACCUUAUAACACAAUGACAGAAUGGAUUUUAAACAUUUGUUAGACAUGUCAAAAUUUUAUGCAGGAUAUUUGUGACGGAUAGAUAUUUUUACCGUGACAAAUAGAUCGGUCAAAUGGGUGCUUCCGAGCAGAUAGAAUCAAAAAUGUUAACAAAUAGUCCGUCACGAACAAGAUCUAUUUGCUGUUGUUGUUGCCGGCGUGAACCACGUGACGUGCACGAAGACAGAAACGGUAUACGUUUGGCACUGUAUUCAGAAACGUUGCCGUCAAGUGAAACUGAGCAAAAUAUUCCUAAAAUAAAAACAUUCCAGCAGGAUCUUACAGGCAAGGAAAAAAGUGAUACUCCGGCCCGAAGACAGAAAUGUGCAAAGAAGUGUGUAAAAUGUUGCAAAAAAUUCACAACAUUUUUAUUCUCUAACAUAGGCUUGUGUUCCGCUGUAGUAGCAUACUCAAUACUAGGUGGUUUUAUAUUUCAAAACUUAGAAGCUCCUAACGAAAUACUAAAGAGACACCAAGUAACAAGUGAAAGAAAAUCUUUUGCAAAAGACCUUUGGGAACUCGUUGAUGACGAAAUUGUAUUUUUUGAAGAUAAUUUUACACAAGCUGCUGAAAUGAUUUUAAUCAAAUAUCAAAAGGUUGUUUUAGAUGCGAAGAAGAACGGUUGGGACGGUGCCGAGGGUGAUGACGACGCACCUCCACAAUGGUCUUACGCCGGUUCUCUUCUGUAUGCCGUUACCGUGAUAACAACAAUAGGUUACGGACACAUAGCUCCGAAAACUUUCAACGGACAACUCGUGACAAUAUUCUACGCGCUCUUCGGAAUACCUCUGACACUCCUCUGUUUAGCCAACAUGGGUUCUUUCCUUGGAAACUGCUUCCGACUUCUCUAUAAGCAUUUGUGUCGCUUAUUAACAUGGAUGUGCUGUCCGCCAGAGGACAGCUUUACAAAAAGUAAAAGUAUGUCUUUAUCAAACUCUAAAAACAAGAUAACUCAAGAGACCGAUCCGUUACAAGGCAAAAUUGACGAUCCGGGAGGAGUACAUACACUACAAGUUGUCCCUGCAAAAAUUGGCAAACAGAAAAAGUCCGGUAAACGAAGUCAAUCGAGAAGCCGUAGCACUAGUCCUUCUAGAAGUGAGAUAAAUAUUGUUGUUGAAGAUUUUGACAAACCAAAGACCAAAGAAACGAUCAAAACAGAAGACAUCCGAGUACCAGUAUUUGUUAGCCUGAUGAUCAUUGCUCUAUACGUCUUAGGUGGGGCUUUAAUGUUUUCAAUGUGGGAAGACUGGAACUAUCUAGAGGGCUCUUAUUUUUGUUUUAUAACAUUAAGUACAAUUGGGUUUGGUGAUUAUGUUCCGGGGUCAAUUAGUGGCGCGGACUCAGCAGAUAAUAAAGAACGAUUGAUCAUUUGCUGCGCUUAUCUUAUGUUUGGCUUGUCUAUAUUGGCAAUGUGUUUUAAUCUUAUGCAAGAGGAUGUGAGAGCAAAGUUUCUGUGGUUAGCGGUUAAAAUCGGUUUAAUUGACGUUCGAUGAAACCUACUGGAAAGAACAGAUUCGUCUGCUUGAAGCAGUUGUAGCAAUUAUGAAAGCAUCUAACCAAGGAAUAUUGUCUUAUAAUAGCAAAUGAUCAAAUUUAGAAUGGAUUUUGUAUGAACUUUUACAAGUUAGAAGUUUAUAUUCAAAGUGAUUAGGAGAUUGUCGGCACAACUUUAAUCCUCAUUAUUUAUUUGUCUUUCCAUUUCUUGUUGCAAAUGUGUGAUAUCAUUAACUUAUUUUUUAACGUAAAUUUCAUUAUUCUGAAGUUUGCUUUGAUAUAAAAAGGUCAAGAAACUUAUUUAUGUCGAUAAAUAGUAUGAUAGAGAACCGUUAACGAAUAAAUGCUUCCCGCAAAACUUUGUG